AUGAAAACUACACCGCAAGAUCCAGUCACGUACAAUGACUUUUUAGAGGAAGGUUCCUUAGCUGAAGAGAGUGGAGAUAGAUGGCUUGGAUCUGAUGUGUCUAAAGCACUAAGGUUCUACCAAAAGUCCUACGAUGCUUAUACGAAAUCGCUUGAGUUGAAUUGGAGUACCGAGAAUCUGGACGCUUUUUACAAUGCAGCUCGACUUCUUUUACAAGUGUACCUUUUAGAAAAAUCUUCCAAUGGGUUAGUAAUACGUGAUUUGACUGAUAUGGGAGAUAUACAUGGUGCCAAUUCUGUUGUUAAAUCAAUAUCGGAAAUAUUGGACGUGCAUUUGAAGGCGUUGGAAAUUUGCGGUAGAAAUCAAGAUUUGCUUUACAAUACGGCAACUGUCUAUGUGGAAAUGUUGGAUGAUAUGAUAGAUAGUGACUACAAUGUUCCACUUGAUGAAUUAUGCUCAAAGUAUAGGUCAGGGGAAGAAAUAUUGGUAGAGUUGAUACCACAACAAGUGAAUGCGUUAGAGUCGUUUGUUUGUGACUUGGCAUCUUCAAACACCGAAUCAAAUGUAUCAUUUGCAAGUGGUUCCAGCCCACCCGCCAUGGACCAAGAGCAAGAGGAAUUUGAGUCUAUUGAAGUUACACAACCGGUCGACAUUUUUGAAACUGUAAUGUUGUCAUACAGGUUGGUUCAAACGACAUAUGAGAAUCUUUCGGAAGGAGGUGAAGCUGUGAGUGUUGUUGCUCAAACUGUAGCACCAUUCAUUGAUUCGCUAGAUCAAGUUGCUAGCGAACUCAUUUUAAAAUACAGUGAACAAUCUGAAUUCAAGAAUGAAAUGUUGGAAAAUAUUACUGCUUCUCAAGUAAAUGAGCUCAAAAUUGCCAAACAAAGCAUCAUCAGUCUACAAGACAAUGAUGGGUCCAGGAUAUUAGAGUCCUGGGAAAGAUUCUUUGUAAGUGAAGUUCCCGAUGAAAUUCCUGAAAAGUAUUUGACUAGCGUUGAUAAUGUCCAAACUGUGAUGGAAAGAAACGACCAAACAUUGUAUACCAUAAACAAUUCAAACAGAAUUGACAAAGAAUGGUACUGGAGAAUGCUUUCACAGCAGAAUAGCUUACUUAAAAAAGCUCAAGGAUUGACACAGGACCAAUUGAAUGCCAAAAGAAAACUACCACUGGGGGUGGAACAAGGAAUUGGCUCGACAAUUAUUCAAUUAUGUGACAUCAUGAUUGCUCGAGCAGACUUGAGUUUACAAAUGGCACUGGUUAAAUAUUACGAACCCAGUGUGAGAAACGAGUCAGCUUUGCUUCAAAAUUGCAAGACCUUGCUCAAAUCAAGUAUGAAUAUUGCCAAUUCGUCAGGUGGAUUGAGAGAACGAGCUAUUGAGAAGAUUGAUCGAGAAAAGAAAUUGAGUGAAUCUGUUUUCAGAUUAUGUUUGGUUGACGGAAAGACAUCGGUGAGCGAUCUAGAUGAGAUAAUGACACGUCCUCGAUGGAUGCGAGAAUAUACACAGUUGAAAAAGGUGGAUGUCUACGAGGAAUUGCUACAACGAAUUCCAUAUCAAUCAGUAUUGCUGGGUUACAUAUAA